CCAGAGAUGGCAAUGUGCAAUGGCCCCACGAAACUGCAAGUUGAAGCCUUCCAGACAGUGCUGCCUUUGAAUCAAACCGAUCCACGGCAGCUCCGGCGAGUGUCGCCGACAAAAACUUUUUUUCCGUCCAUUUUACAACGGCGGCUUCAUUCGGUUUUGUGCUAUAACAAGGCGUCGGAGGAGGAUUCCGGUUGGGCGAUGGCUGGGUGGAUCAAGGAGUCGCUGGGGUUGGCGUUGUUGGAGCAGCCGUUGCUCGCCGGGAGGCUCCGCCGAGGGGAAGGUGUCGAUGGAGGGUUAGAGAUUGUGUCGAAUGAUUGUGGGGUUAGAUUAAUUGAAGCAAAGAUUGAAAUGGAUUUGGCGGAGGUUGUUGAUUUGAAGGGGAGAGAGGAAGUAGAAGCUGAGUUGGUGUUUUGGGAGGAUAUUGAUGAAGAAAACCCUCAAUUUUCUCCUCUGUUUUAUGUUCAGGUGACAAACUUCAAGUGUGGUGGAUAUUCUAUUGGGAUUAGCUGCAGCCUUCUUCUAGCUGACCCUUUGUUCAUGGCAAGUUUCUUCAAAAGCUGGGCCAGUAUUCACAGAGCUCUGAUCUCUAAAACUGAUACCCUCAAAAAACCCAUCUUUUACCUCCCUAAUCUGAGAAAAACAGGCUGUUCUCCCACAACGCAAAACUGCUCAAUUCCUAGCAAAAACAGAGGUCAAAGUCUGAUCUUCAAAAUGGCAGAAACAAACUUGAAUUUGGACACUGAAAUGCAGAAAACUCUUGCAAUGCUAUGCAUUGAGGCGGCCGAGAGCCAUCUUGGUACCAAAAUGGCUAUGAAAUUCUCUGUGUUUGUGAGAGAACCCUCUGGGGCUAUAAAGGUGGAGAACUGUUUGGAACGAGGGCUUGUGCAGAAGCCCUUGAGCAUUGUGAGUCAACUCACUGAUGGUAACUGGGAUGACUUGGGUGCUGAUGAAGUUUGUUUCAAUGAAGAGAAUAAGCCUGCCUGUGUUUCCUAUUGGAUUAACUCUUUUUCUGAUGAAGGGCUUGUCAUGGUAAUUCCAUCUCCCAAAGACGGUGGUUCAGGAACAAGAAUCAUUGUUACAACUCCUAUGGAGAAUGUGGUCUGACAGGGUUUGUGUAAUUGUGUGUAUAGAGAUAGAUGACCGUCAUAUUGUUAUUUUUUUCUCAGUUGCAUUAUUGGUAGAAGAUUUUUUGUCGGUUGCAUUAUGUCAUGUGACUUGUUUAUGUUACGUUAUGUAUCUUUUUCUUAUUUGGUUUAUCGUAG